AUGAUAUCGGGCAACCCCAGGAGCUUGGAGCGCAAGUUGUCCUCGGAAUCUGUCAAGGACAACGUGUUGCUUGUCGACGGUUCAGACACCAACACGAAACGCUUCAAGCUGAUGAAGGUCCCGUCCUAUGUGAAAGAAUACCGAAGAUUUCAACGAAGUGAGCUGGAGGUUGGCAACAUGCUCAAGAAGGGGGCUUGCUGCUCCUUCUGGUAUGCUGUGGUGGUCCAGAACAUGAAGCCAGUCAUGGUGAAGGCACUCUACCCGGAUCCCGAUUUAGACCCCGAUGACUUCAAGGUCAAGAAAAGCUGCGAGAAGGUGGAUGUGAUCAAGAAGGAGGAGGAGAUUCUGAGCAUGCUGCCUCCUCACCCCAACGUCAACGGCUUCUACGGCAUGACAGAGGACAUGCGAGUCCUCGUGUUGGAGGAAGUUCGAACGGAUCUCGCCACUGUCCUCCACCUCACAGAGCAUCUGAUUCCCAUUACCAUCCUCAAGUGGACUCGAGACAUCCUGCUGGGCCUUGCUCACAUCCACGGCACCCAGGUUGUACACCAGGACAUCAGUCCGAACAACAUCUGUAUAACCAGCCAGUACCGGGCCCAGAUCUCAGAGUUUUCGAAAUCUUGUAGGCUGGAACGUCAAGAGCAGCUCCAGAACAAGCAAAGAAUUGGAACGCUUUCGUACAGAGCGCCUGAGUUGAUUAUGGGCGCCAAAACAUACAACAACAAGGCAAAGAUCGACUGUUGGUCUGUUGGGAUUGUAAUCCUGGAGAUGCUGCUCGGUGACUGCCCAGUGUCCGGACUCGUCACCGACGUAUGCACAUGUCACAAUCCGUUCCAUUCAAACUUCAACUUUGAUCAGCUCAAGAUGAUCUUCAAGCUGGUUGGUACUCCCACUGACGAGACUUUCCUGACCAAGCUGGACUGCUUUGCUCAUUUCUCAUCGUGGAAGGUGUACCGACGUGGAUUGAAGCAGAAGGUAUGGGAAGCUUGCAUCCUUGAUCACAAGCCGCAGCAUGGCUUCUUUUCGAGGAAGACCGCAAAGGAAUCGAUUGAGAAGUCGUCCGGAGAUGACCCAAUCACCCUGGAAGAAUUGAAAGCCUACUCGGUGAUUUGA